AUGCCUCUGCCGAGACGACGAUCCUCUUUCCUGGGCCAGCCGGCCCCCGGUGCCCCAUCCGAGCGGCCAGGCGGCAUGGCCGGAGUGGGCCGCCUGAGCACCAGCAGCACCACUGCCCCCCGGGGUGUGUUUGUGGGCAUGGCGCCGACGACGGGCACCAGCGGAGGGCUGGGUGCUCGCGUGUCACGGCGCGCCCUGGGAAUUAGCAGCGUCUUCCUCCAGGGCCUGCGCAGCUCCACCAUCCCCGUGGUGCCACAGGCUGGCGAGCGCAGCCGGCAGCCCACCUUUGAGAGCCUCAAUGGCUGCUUGCUGGAGUACCGUGACAAGGUGCGGGCUUUGGAACAGCUCAAUCAACAGCUGGAGGAGCAAAUCCGGCACUGUUUGGACCGCAAGGCUUCCAGCGCUGGGACCUGGGGUGCACUACGUCGUGAGUGGGAGGACAUCUACAGGCAGGUGAGUGAGGCCAUCCUGGAUAAUGCGAGGCUCAUGCUUCAGACAGAGAACGUGCAGGCCAGUGCCGAGGACUUCAAGGACAGAUAUGAAAAUGAACAACCCUUCCGCAAAGCAGUGGAGGAGGAAAUCAACUCCUUGUACAAAGUAAUUGACGAUGCCAGCUUGACGAAAACAGACCUGGAAGCUCAGAUUGAGAGCAUGAAGGGGGAGCUGAGGGACCUGGUCAGGAAUCACGAGCAGGAUGUCAGAGUGUUAUACAACCAGCUGGCAGGCACUGAGGUGGAUGAGCCAGAUGCUCCCAUCGAAACUAGUCUGGACCAAAUCCUUGGGUACAUUCGCUCCCACUGGGAGAAGGCCAUUGAGAAGAACCGCGCCGAGACAGAUGCCUAUCUCGAGUACAAGCAGGCUGAGAGUGUUGAGACCAAGCUCAGCCGUGAAGAGGAGGAGCUGGAGAGUCUGAAGAUGGAGUGCAACGAUGCCGGCUGCAAGAUCCAGAGUCUUCAGGCCGAGACUGAAUCCAUGAGGGCUCUGAAGCGAGGGUUGGAAAACUCCCUGAACGAUGCCAAGCACUGGCAUGACAUUGAGCUGCAGAACCUGGGUUCGGUGAUUGCCAAGCUGGAGGCGGAGCUGAGCGACGUCCGGAAUGACAUCGAGCAGCAGCGCCGGGACUAUGAGACACUGCUUAACAAUAAAAUGCGCCUGGAGCUGGAGAUCGGGACAUACCACGGGAUCCUGGAUGGAGAGGAGAGCAGAUACCAUCCAGCUAUGUGUCCCGGAAGCUCAGAAGAGCCUGAGGUCAAGCAAGACCCCACACCAUCAGACCCCCACAACCCCCCACAGACUGAAGGGACGUCUGGUUCCUCUCUUCAGAAGGAAAACUGAGAAGGCAGUGCCUGAAACCAUGCCGUGCUUCCCUCAGGACUGAAGAACACACUGCUUCUCAUGUGCCGUGGCUUGCGAUUGCACUGUGGGGAGACGCACUCGACACACAGAGGCCUCCGUGCCAGAGCCUGUUUUCACUGGAGUUAUGGUGUUU